CAAGCACAUGACCUGCUUAGUUGUCCAAUCAGUGCCGCUAGUCUAUAGAAAAAUUACCACUGAAGUUCAAGAGUUCAUUUUAUACUGAAGACUUUGAGUUCGUUGUGAAAUGUUUGCUAUUUUCAAAGCCGUUUUCAUUAAGAUUACAAUAACGGAAAUCUCUGGUUAUUUUUCAACUCAUGCCAUCAUGUUAUUCCAUAAAGCAUGCAUCACCUGCUGUAGGAUGACGGUUGCUGCAGGUAUUGGCAUUGAAGUCAGAAAGCGAAAGUGAUUUAAUUUCCAUUCCACUGCGUGAACUGCGGUUUUUCUAGGGGUGCUUUCCUGGCCACCCAACAUAAGCCAAGAAGAAAACCCGCCUUUCAGUUCAAUAGAUAUGAACAUAUAUCUUGAAUCAUACCUGUAAUAUCAAAAGGCAAUAUCAUUAUAUUGAUUUCCUGAAAGGGAACACCUUAAAGCCUGGAAAACACUGUAGUUCUAUAAGAUCACUACACAAGAAGAGUAAGGUAAGCAACAAGAUAAAAGGCAAUCAGUAAAAAAUCAAAGAAGUACAGAAAAUCAUGAUGAAAAAGGGCUUUACAACAUGCCAAACUCUAUUUGUCUUACUGAUGACCAGCAAAUGUCUUUGCUUAACAAGACUUCCGUGCAAAUUCUACGCUGACUUCAGCAUUAUCCUGAACAAUACUGCUGACACAGGGACAGUCAUGAAAACAAUUUCUUCAAGGACUGUGCGACAGUGCACCCUCGAAUGUCUUUCUUGGCCUAAGUGUCUCUCUUUGAAUUACAAUCGCGGGACGAUGAAUUGUGAGCUACUGGAAAGAAGGUUCAACGAGAGCGUUCCAUUGUUGACGGAAAGGAAGGGGCAGGUGUACAUGACAACAGACGAUGGGGAAAUAAAUAAUGGACCUGUUUGUGAGAUUAAAUCUCCUUGCGAAAAUGGCGCGAAGUGCGAAGAUACAUGUGAUGAAAAGGGAUACAAGUGCAUAUGCGCCCCACUUUACUACGGAACACAUUGUGAAAAGUUGAAACAAGAUUGUGGAGACGUGAAAAAGUCUGGAGAAACAGUAAGCGGAGUCUACGAAAUUAAACCGGAUCACAAUUGGAAGGCCAACGUCUUUUGUGACUUUGUAUAUGGCAGUCAAGAUUGGAUCGUAUUUCAAAGAAGAAAAGAUGCCAGUGUCGACUUUUAUCGAAACUGGGCGUCAUACAAAAAUGGAUUUGGGGAUACGAGUGGAAAUUUUUGGAUUGGACUUGAUACAUUGCACAGACUGGCUGCUCCAGGGAGAGGGGCUAUUCUACGGAUCGACAUGAAACACCGCAACAGUCCAACAACUCAGUAUUAUGCAAAGUAUUCUUCAUUUGAAGUUGGUGACGAGGCAUCUGGUUACAAACUGCUUUCACGUGGAUACUCAGGUAAUGCCGGUGAUUCCAUGGCUACUCAUGAUGGCAUGAAAUUUACAGCAUACGAUCGAGACAACGAUACAUAUAUUGAUGGGAAUUGUGCCAACACCUAUAAAGGAGGCUGGUGGUACAAUGCAUGUCACCGUGUAAAUUUAAAUGGACUUUUCCCAACAACAAGCACAACAAGUGCAACAUACAUGAGUUGGGUUGAUACUUAUGGAAGUUAUGGCAACGUAUUAUUUUCAGAAAUGAAGCUCAAAUAUCACAGGUAUGAAUCAGGAGAGGAUUUGGUUUCGUAAGUGAGUUCUAUCAUAUACUUCCUAAACUGAGCAAUUAAGGCAGUAUAUGAUAGAGCUUACAGCCUGUAAGAAGGCAAUCUAUAUGACAUGAAUUUUGCUAAAUACAAAUUUAAAAGAUGAAACUUUGUUUACAAAUCAUCUGGUGCUUGAACAAGGUCAAUAUAUUUGAAAAUAUGGAUACCCCUUUACUCAUGAUGAUAGAAACAACUAUACUAUUUGAUUUCGAAAAUUUAUCAUCUUAUUCUGAAGACUAAAGUUCCUCUAUAUUUCUGAAUUUAAUAUUUUCCGUCCUCUUGUUGCAGGGGAUCUCGAUAAGACAAAGAAAUACGCAAAUUUAUAUGGAUUAUAUAGACUUGAUUUGGUGAUCUUUUGGAUGUUGAAAGGAGUAAUUUAGAGAGACUUUUGUUAACGAGCCUUGCUUUUAAAAACUCUUGCACCCUUGAGAGUAAUGUUGUUGUUGCUGUUUCAAUGUUUGUUGCCAGCAGCAAAGGUAGUGCAAAAUAUGGCUUAAUACAUGUUUUUGAUUGGGUGAGAUAGAAUAAAAGAAGAUGCUAAAUGGCGUUUAGCAUGACUCUGAAACUUCGGAAUAUCUUUAAUUCAAUGUUCCUUUUCAUGUCGGAUACUCUUUUUAUGUUGUAUCCCUGCAACUAACUUUAAAUAGCUUUGCUUCCAUACAAGUAGACAAACCCCUUAAGCAUCUAUGAAAGAGACCAUUGACUAUACAAUUGUAGUUAUCAUUUGAUAAUGCUUGCUGCAGUUCAUUGGAGGAUAUUGAUCCACUCCUAUCUUUGUCCACCCUGUAAAAAAGUUACAAUUAUCAUAUAAUGGUCUUUCAAUUUUCAAAAGAUGUUUAAUCUGAAAAAGCUUUACAAAAUAGCUAUAGAUUAAUAGUUUGAGUCAUACCCUUUCUUUCUAGGUGUUCCCCUAAGCCUGCAUCUCAAGCAGGGGUGUCAUGUAUAAAAAAAUGUAAGGAAACAUAUUUCUGAAUUUUGGAUGAACGAUAAAGCAGUCCUUUAGAUCAAGAUGGAUGGUCUGCUCCGUGCUGUUUGCUUUAGCUAUGGGCUGCUUGUGUUAGGAAUGCUCCAUGGUAUGCUGCAGCCUUGAAAAUGACUUGUAAUGAUUAAAUAUUAUUAAGCUGUCAACGCUUCUGCAAUAGACAUUCUAUAAUACACAUUCUGCAGUACACAACCAAAUCAUUGUACACAACGCACUGCACUUGCGAAAGACCACUGCUAUUAGACUUAAAAGCUAAAUUUUAUAUGAUUUGUAUUUGUGAGAAGCAAAUCUUUUGGUUUAUUCAGUAUUUUCUACCGCUCGGAAUAUCAUUCUAGCCAAAUAUACGAAGCCACUCACAAUCUCAAACAGGAUAACUUGCUUGCAGAAAUGAAAAGGUUGAAUAUUAGCAUUCUUGGUGUUGCUGAAACGCACUGGAAAAAAGAUAUGGAAGAGGCCUUCGAGUUAAACAACUAUAUUGAAAGCCUCUAGAAAUGACCACAUUCAAAGGGCAAGGAGUAGCCAUCGUUCUGGCCCAGGAUGUCUGAUUGACUAUCAGCUAGUUUCUGAAAGGAUACUGCAAGUUACUUUAUACCUUGAUGAGGGGUCGUUGACCAUAUUUCAAGUCUAUGCCCCUGAUUCAAGUUAGAGUAAUGUCGAAAUUAAUCUGUUUUACGAAAAGCUGCAAUACCAAUUCAACUAACGUCCUAAGAGAAGCACCCUGCACCCUGCUCGGAGACUCAAAUGCUAAUAUUAAUUCUGAUGAAUUUGUCAACCGUCUUGAUGUUGUUGGAAGAUUUGCUCUAGGAUGAUGUAAUGAAUUGGAGAAAAGCUCCUUCAGUUUUACGCUCUAAAGUUAGGGCUUGAGUAAAAUGAACACAGUCUAUAGGCACAACGAACAUAGAUUGGCCACAUGGGUAUCACCAGACGGACUGUCAUAAAGUGAACCUUCA